CUGUUAGACGGCGAUUCUGCCCGCAUUACAACUGAUAAAAAUACCUAUAAGAACGGGGUGGGGGAGCAUAUGCAUCUUGGUUAGACCACUCGCCAUCAUUAACGCUCUAGAGGCAGAUGCUUUCUGUAGAGCUCCCUAUGCCAAUGCUAGGAAUUCGCCUACCACUAGCAGCGGAUAUCGGACUUUCCGUUUGGGACCGCCGUUGGCUGGGGCGGGAUCUAUAUCGUCGGUCUUUGUCUGCCUGUCGGGCUCACUAUACUUGCUCCGUUUCGCUGCCAUUGCUCCCGAGAAGAACACAUUGUUUUGCAACUACGGGUACCACGACACAGCAGCUUUGAAUUCGUCGUCGGGCGAAACAACGGGCUUCGAUAGGGCCUAGUAACGCGCUCUAAUAUCGACGUCCUUCAGGCAAUUCUGACAUGCGCAGGGGACAGCUAGACACUCCCUUUACCGAAUGUGUUGCCAUUGUCGGCACGCGCUCCUUGAACUUGCUCUUUUUGGGUUCCGCCGAUGUCGCUCUGUUUUUGAGGGUAUGAACGCAUUCGCAAUGCCAAACCUUUGGACAAUGGCGAACAAGAGGGAAGUCCUUAAACUGGUCUUGCGGAGCGAUUGCUCUGUUUCUGGACUGCUUGCUUAUUGCUCUUGGUCCUCGCUUGACUGUCGCCGUUUCAUUGCCACAUUUAUGAGCCUUGGUCUCAGAGACAGCCGCAGCGUGAAUUCACGUAAGUAUGCGUCAUGAAUCCUAAGAGCGCGCUAGCGCCAAUCUCGUAUGAGUUCAAUGCAGGUUCGAAUGGUGUGUUUCAUUAUACACAAUUUGAAAGUCUCCGCAUCAUUUAUCCGAGGACACGUUGUAACACUUUUGAUUUUGUUCCAACCUUCUCUGACUUGGGCUAUCUACGAUGCGAGGCUGUCAGUACUCAUGCUACAGCAAGCUCUCUAUGACUCGGGAACUGCUUCCGAGUUCUUCAUGGACGGACUUACCGGGCUGACGUAUUUUGUAUACAUAUGAUAUGAUGACCGGAUGGAUAUUGACGGCGCCGACGUAGGGCCUCGGAACGCAUUAAUGUCAAAGCCUGUCUUCGAGAGUUGAUAACGGCGGCGGCAGGAGGCCUUACUCCGCAUAAAAGUACACGCCGUAUGCGAUAUGUACUUGCAGGUUGGGUGUAGAUUUCUUGUACUUCCCCCCCUAGUUCUGAAUCCUUUUCACCUCGUAUGCAGUUGUUCCGGGCACUAGAAUACGUACAUUUAAUUGAAUGGAGGCAAAUUGAGUAGUGAUAAGAUCAAAUGCACAGCUAUGCACAGUUGAUAAG